GCUUUCCCAAAUAAUCCAGAGUAAACUGCUCUGCUGCAGUAUGGAACCAAUGUAAAGCAGAUGUAUAAGUGGGAUGGCAGAGAAUGAAUAGGAUGACAGUUAGAAGCCCGGGUCGGGGUGAGCUCCUAGGUAGAAAUGCAGUUUGAAAGCAAAAUGUGAGUAGAUAAAUAGGUACCACUUAAAAGUAUGGAGGUGGAGGAACAGUACCCUCCAUCCCCAUGGCUGAAAUCAAGCACAAGUCUCCAAGAUGCCGAAGAUGGGAAAAACCCUAUAUAUUCCUCUAUCUAUGUACAAUUGUCUGUCUUGUCCAUGUAUAAACGGCAUAGAAUAUUUGCCAUGUAUGUGUUUUCUGUGAUCCGCCCUGAGUCCCCUUUGGGGUGAGAAGGGUGGAAUAGAAAUACUAUAAAUAAAUAAAUAAACAAUAGGUAUUAUCUUGGCCAAAUUUGAAUGUGAUACUGUAGUCCUUAAAUUGUCACAAGUGUCUUCACUAUAUGAAUUUUCUAAGUCAAUAAGUACUGAUAAUAUCAAUAAGCACUGCUUUAUUUUGAUUUAAGUCUUUCUCAGAAUGUCCUAGGAACUGGCCCCCUUUACCUGUCCUGUCCCUCAUUUUUCUCGAUUUUCAAAACCUCCUUCCACUAAAAAAAGGAACAUAAAUAAGGAAGAUACACUCGCGUUAGUCUCAGGGCCAAAGUACACCUUAGACCCAGCCAACUAAUUCCCAGCUUUGGGAAAUACUUUGCAAGGAAAUCACCUUUUGAGUGGCAGCGGAGAGUCAGCUCCAAGUCCUGCCCCAAAGUUGCAAAUUGGAAGUUGUGCAACUCCUUUUGUAAAUACUUCCUCAUAUAAGAACAAGAAUAAAACCGACUGAUUCAUUCCUCGCUUCUCACUCAAAGGGAGAACAGCGCAGGUCGGUUCCUACGGCCGUGAAAGCGAAAGUCUACCUUGUUGGCUUGACGAAACCCACCCAAAAUGAUCAAAGCACUCCUUCUGGCUUUGUGCUUCGUGCUUUUCCAGCAUCAAGGUAGCUCAUUGAAAGAACUGUCUGCGGUAAAGGAUUUUGAAGUUGUGUACCCACAAAAACUUCACGCGUUGCACAAAAGAGAUGUUGGAGGAAUUCAGAACUCCCACAAGAAGGACAAGUAUGACGAUACGAUGCAAUAUGAAUUCGAAAUGAAAGGAGAGAAGGUGCUUCUUCACUUAGAAAAAAACAAGGGGCUUUUCUCCAAAGAUUACACUGAAACCCAUUAUUCCACGGAUGGCAAGGAAAUCACGACAAGCCCUCAGAUUGAGGACCAUUGCUAUUAUGGAGGACAGAUUCCAAAUGAUACCGACUCUGCCGCAAGCAUCAGUGCAUGCAGUGGUUUGAGAGGAUAUUUCAAGAGUCGUGGGAAGCGGUAUAUCAUCGAACCCUUGAAGGCCUCGGAGCCUGAUGCUCAUGCCGUCUUCAGGUACGAAAGUCUGGAAAAAGAAGACGAAACGCCCAAGGUCUGUGGGGUAACUAACACGACCUGGCAGUCAGAUGAUGAGCCCAUGAAAAAGACCUCCAGGAUGAGCACAAGUGCAGAAAAACAAAACUACCUGAAAGCCAGAAAAUAUGUUGAACUUUACAUCGCUGUAGACAACAGAGUGUUUAGAAAGUACAGCCGUAAUAUGACUGGCGUAAAAACAAGGGUGUUUGAAAUAGUCAAUUACAUAAACUUGGUUUACAAAGCCAUAAACAUUCAUGUUGCAUUGAUUGGCCUAGAAAUUUGGUCCGACGGGGAUAAGAUUGCUGUGGAUUCAUCAGCAGGCGUCACUUUAGAUCGGUUUUCAGCCUGGAGACAGGAAAUUCUCUUGAAACGGAAACACAAUGACAAUGCUCAAUUACUGACGGAUAUAGAUUUUACUGGACCUACAGUUGGAUUGGCCUAUGUGGGAACCAUGUGCACUCCUAAACAUUCCUUAGGAGUCGUUCAGGAUCACAACACAAGCCCAAUUGCUAUCGGUGCAACCAUGGCCCAUGAGAUGGGCCAUAACUUUGGAAUGAAUCAUGACACAAGUUUUUGUAAGUGCAGCUCAGAGUCAUGCAUCAUGGCCGGUCAACUCAGCUACAAAACUCCCCGGGAUUUCAGUUCUUGUAGUCUCCAAGAUUUCCAGAAAUACAUGAUGGACCGAUCCCCAGAUUGCGUCAUUAAUAUGCCAUCGCCCAAGGAGAUCAUUGCAACCCCAGUUUGUGGGAAUAACUUUGUGGAAGAGGGAGAGGAAUGUGACUGUGGUUCUCCAAAGGAAUGCAUGAACGAAUGCUGUGAUGCUGCAACGUGUAAACUGAAACCGGGUGCAAAAUGUGGAUAUGGGGAAUGUUGUGAAAGGUGCCAGCUUAGGCGAGCAGGAGCAGUAUGCCGGCCAGUGAAGCAUGACUGCGACUUGCCAGAAAUGUGCACCGGCCAAUCUCAUCAAUGUCCUUCUGAUCGCUUUCGACAAAAUGGUCAUCCUUGCAGAAACAAACAGGGUUACUGCUACAUGGGGCAAUGCCCCACCUACCAGAGCCAGUGUAAAUCUCUUUGGGGACCAGAAGCAAUUAUGGGUAAAGAUUCUUGUUACAGAGUCAACCAGAAAGGGGUUUAUUACGGCCAUUGCAGAAAGGCGAACGGCACAUUCCUUCCAUGUGGAAAAGAAGAUCUAAAGUGUGGCAAGUUAUAUUGCACUGGUGGUAAAAAGAUGCCUUCAAAGGGAAGCCUAGUGUCCUUCGAACACUGCAAAGCAACUUUCCCAGGCAAAGAUGAAGAAGAUGGAGGAAUGGUGGCUCCUGGAACAAAAUGUGGAGAUGGAAUGGUCUGCAGCAAUGGGCGAUGUGUGGAUAUUGAGAAAGCCUACAGAUCCACCAACUGUUCCGACCAAUGCCCAGGACAUGCUGUAUGCGACCAUGAAAUGAAAUGCCAAUGUGAAGAAGGAUGGGCACCACCAAAUUGUGAGGAUUCUACUGGAAACACAUAUAUCAUCAUCAUCGUGACUGUGCUGGUGGCCCUCACCGUCACAGGGAUCAUUGCUGCAGUCUUUUUCCGUUACUACAUUCUCAAUAAGAAACCAAAUCAAAGCAUCCACAAAAGUGCACCUGGAGGUUCAAAUUUGGGCUUCUCUGGUCAAGAACAGAAGAGAAGGCAGCCUACUUCUCCUGUCCCUGUACCGCCAAAGGUCAAUUCUUCUAGAUCUCUUCUCCCGCCACCUCCACCCCAAGCAAACAAACCACCAGUUUGCAUUACUAUUCCAAGUGAACAAUCCAGCCAUACCCCAACCUUGUAUCAAAAUGCAAAAACGCCCUUCGUAAAGCCAAAUAUUCCUCCACCUCCAGUUCCAACUGCCAAGCCGGCUUCAUCUCAUGUCUCUGACAAUACGGCAACAGCACAGAAUACGGUUCCAACCCCGCAAUUCAAGCCUAAAGCACCACCUCCACCUCCACCCCAGGCACUGAAACCCCCAAGCAACCCAAAGGUAUGAAGCAACAAGAAGGACCACGUUUGUUCCUAUUUUUUGCUUUCAAGGAAGCAUUUGCAUUUCCCUGCCUGCUCAAAAGAAACAGACUGGCUGGUUUCUUUCCAUGGGUUGGACAGCAUAUCUGUAAACAGAACCACCAUGUUUGUAUUGACUAUUGUAACCUGGACCUGAUAAGGAACCAUCAUCUUGCUUCCAUCACAUUCAUGGGAGAUGUGACCUGAGAGUUCCUGCUGUAACAAGAAAUGUUUUAUAAACUGAGCCGAGCAAUUCUGAACCUCUAGAAGCAACGAGAUGUCUAUCCCGCAAGCUUGCUCUGCAUUGUCUGCAACUACCAUCCAUUGGCGAGAUCUGAGGUUGUGUAAGAUUGCCCAAAAUGUAACAUGAUUGGGAGCAGGGCAUUUCUGACCACUGUAUUUUUAAUCCCUUUUUCAUGGAGAGGGUGACCGAGUGACAAUGGGUCCUUUUGAUUUUCACCUUGUACCCUUUUCACUUUUUAAAACCACUGCUUUAUGCCACUUGUGCCAUUUCCAAUACGAAAUGUCUCGCACCUUAUUAUUUACAGCAAAGCAACUGCCAUGAUGUGCAAUCUCAAGGGUUGCCUUCUUCUUUCCUCACUUCUGCUUCUGAGCCUUUAACAACGAAUUGAUCUGUGUAUUUAAAUCAAAGCUUUAUACUUCUCUGCAAGCUGCCAAAACUGUAUAAUUAUGACAGAUCAAGUUUUAACUGGAAGCUUGAACUAUAUAGUAGUUGACAUUUCUGACAAACUGAUAGAACUUGAAGGCUGGAAGGUAGGUCAGUUGGCAACCUUAAGUGGUAGGGAAUGUCCUUGCCAGCACUUGAACAGCCCGGGUUGUCCUUGGAUUUCAUCUAUUUGUAAAAUAGUUAAAAAUGUAUAUGGAAUUGAAAUGCUUUAGGACAGUUUUGGACAAACCUGUAUAGGUUGGGGUAUGUUAUUUGCAUGUAAGUGGCUCUAUAAUAGCGAUUCCCAACUUUGAUAUUCCAGGAGUUUUUAAUUUGAAAUCUUAGGCCCCAUCUGCACUAGGGAUGUGCAUUCGGGGGAAAUUAUAUCCCAAUUCAUGUCCCGGCUUUCGUUGGGACCCCGAUCUGUUUUUUGUAAGCCUCCCAAAAUUGGGAGGGUUGUUCUCAGUUCUUUUGUUUCGGGGCCCAAAAAUCGGGCCAUUAUUAGGGGGUUCCCACUCACUGUCUCCCCUUCCUGGCAUGCGUUUUUCUUACCUGGCACUUGCUGUUUCGACUCUAGAGUAAGAGGUGCUUGGCUGCAAGCAUUGGAAGGCACUUGUGUUUUCCGGGCCUGCUUGCACGCCAAGCCACACACACACUCUCUCUUUCCAAAGCAAGGAGGCCAGUUUGGAGGCACAUGAAAGCAGGCUGUGGGAAAGGGGGGGGUCCCAUUUCGUGCUUCCAAAGAAAUGGAAGACACGAAAUAAAUGGUAGGAACUAAUUUCGUGCACAUGCCUAAUCUACACUGCCAUAAAAUGUAAUUUUAUAAUGCAGUUUACCUGAACUGGAAGGAGCCCCGGUGGCGAAGUGUGAUAAAGCACUGAGCUGCUGAACUUGCAGACCGAAAGGUCCCAGGUUCAAAUCCCGGGAGCGGAGUGAGCUCCUGCUGUUGCUCCAGCUUCUGCCAACCAAGCAGUUUGAAAACAUGCCAAUGUGAGUAGAUCAAUAGGUACCGCUCCGGCGGGAAGGUAAUGGCACUCCAUGCAGUCAUGCUGGCCACAUGACCUUGGAGGUGUCUACGGACAAUGCCGGCUCUUUGGCUUAGAAAUGGAGAUGAGCACCAACCCCCAGAGUCAGACAUGACUGGACUUAACGUCAGGGGAAACCUUUACCUUUACUUACCUGAACUGCACUGCAUUAUAUUGCAGUGUAAAUUCAUAUAGUGCAGUUUGGGGAAGUUAAAUCUAUAUAUAUAAAUGAGUGAUGGCAUCAUGGCGACCAACAAAACAACAAAACUACAGGCCACCCAACCUCGAAAUUUGACAAUACAACCCAUCAUCCACGCAUCUAGGUUGAU